AUGGAGCCUACAAUGAUGGCAGAGAGACAUAUCCCAGAUGAAUUGACCGAGAUCAUUCUGAAGCACCUUGAUCUUAAGAACGAAAUCCAUGUCAAGCAAUUUCGUGCCGUCUGUCAAUCAUGGCGGUCUUCUAUUCCUCCAUGCAAGCCUGCACUAGCUAUUGGAUUACCCUCCUAUUGCUUGUGGCCUGAAUCGCCGUCUAGAUUUUAUGAAAUCAAGGAGACCGUAGUCUAUCAUGUUGUACCUCCUCCUCCGGCAGAUGGUGCUGGGGAAAGGAAGAGGGGUUGGUUGAUUAGAUUGUACAGAGAGUUCCCACACCCAGAGGAAUUACCAAAACCAAAGUUGAUUCCGGCAAUACUUCCUCCAUCAUCACGGUGGCCAUUACCCACAUUCCGGCCAAAGAGCAUGAGCUUUUUGGACUGUGGCAUAUCUGAACUGACAGUGCAUUAUUUCUUAGGACGGUAUGGUGGUAAAGAGCUUUAUAAGUUGAUUUCUGUAUCCUUGAAUCUAGAUGCAGUCAUGACGCUGAGGGAUGGAAUACUAUGCCAUGGAACCUUUUCUACUGCAAAUCUCCGUGCGGUGAAUCUGGUGAAGUACGAUGAUGAACCUGUUGAUGAUGCUAUUUUCUACCAAGGGAAGUUCUAUGCUGUCUCCAGAAAUGGGUGUGCAUUUGUGGGAAGAGGUUGUUGUAUAGACUAUAUGCUCAAGACUGAAGUUAAGUUCAAGGUUUAUAAGUUGGAUCCAAUUAGGAAACACUGGGUUGCGAUGAAAGCUUCAAAUUUGAAUGAUCGAAUAUUGUUUGUGGGGGAGGACUGCUGCUUCUCAGUUUCAACUCGAGACUUCCCUGGAUGCCCAGGGAGUAGCAUUUACUUCUGUUAUGAGUAUGAAAAAUGGGGUUGUCAUGAAAUCUGUAGUGGAAUUGGAGUGUUCAACUUAGAAAAUGGAAGGGGGCUGCGCUUAGAAGAUUACCCACCCGGUGCUAAUAUAUUAAUGCCACCCCCAAGUUGA